UGGAAAGGGAAGCAAGGAAGAGGAGGUGUGGACGAGUAUGUUUAAAAUUACAGAACCUCUCGCAUUGUACCACGCUGGCCCUGAAGUGCAAAACACAAUAAAAAAUAUUUUGAGGACACAAACAAUAAAUUGAGGACACAAAUAUUUUGAGAACACAAACAAUAAAUUGAGGACACAAAAAAUAUUUUGAGGAGGCAAAAAAAAAAAAAAAAAAAAAACCACAACACAAUGAGAUCACUGAUGAGAAGGCAGUCUAGAGCAGGAGGAAGCCGAAUAGAUGCGGUUGGAAAUCGGAGUUUGAAAGCUGAGCUGAAGCAUGAAACAGAGUGCAGGUGAAAGUGAAAGCAGGGAAAUGAAGAUGGGAUUCCUGGGGAGGACCUGUCUCAUUGUCUUGAGUUUGCUACCAGCUGUUUCUACACAGGCAGGUGGAUGGACUGUCGUUGGCUCUGAUCAGCCUGUCAUUGCUGAGCCUGGUGAUGAUGUCAUCCUGCCCUGUCACAUUUCACCCAGAGUCAGUGCUGUGGACAUGGAAGUGAGGUGGUUCAGGGAUGCAUUUGAAAAACCAGUGCAUUUAUAUGAUUUAAAAAUGAAUAUUCUAGGAACACAGGACAGACCUUACCAGGGCCGCACUGCUCUCUCUCCCUCUGCACUGCAGACAGGCGAUAUCUCUCUGAGACUGAGAAACAUCCAGCCCUCUGACAGAGGUGUCUAUACCUGCGUAGUUGAUGAUGGAAGUCAGUAUGAAGAAGGAGAGACUGAAGUGAUAGUUCCAGCUCUGGGAACCCAGCCCUCAGUCUCUAUGGACUCUACACAAGGAGAGCAGACCCAGCUGGUGUGCAGAUCAGAGGGGUGGGACCCUGAACCUGAAGUGAUCUGGAGAGACAGAGAUGGAAACGAUGUGACAUCACUGUCCAACACAACAAUGCAGAGGGACAGUCAGGGGCUCCGCAGUGUCAGCAGCUACAUCAAAAUCAAUCAGCAGUCCAACGUGUUCUCCUGUCUGCUUAGAAGUAAAAUACCAAAACCAGACUGGGAAUCCAAACUCCACAUAGCCAGGGAUUUUUUCCCAGGAGUCUCUGGAUGGAUGGUGGCUUUCUUCUUGACUUUAGCUCUCAGUAUUGGAGCCAUUCCUCUGCUGGUGAUCCAAUGGAAAAGAAUGGAUGCCAUGGAGAGACAGUUUGAGCCUAUGGCUGCUCAGCGCCUUCGUGAGGAAAUUGAGGCACUGCGACCUGUCCGUAAAUCAGAAUGGAAGUGGAUCCUCAGCUCAGCAGUUGAUGUGACUCUGGACCCUGAUACAGCGCACCCCUGGGUCAACCUGUCUGUGGAGGGGAAACGAAUGAGACGGAGAGAGACACGCCAAGAUGUCCCUAACACUCCAGUGAGAUUUGAUGACAGGCUCUGUGUGCUGGGCAAGGAGGGCUUCACCUCGGGGAGACACUACUGGCAGGUGCAGGUGGGGGAGAAUACACGGUGGGCAUUAGGAGUCAGCAGAGAGUCUGCCCCGAGGAAGGGGGGGUUCAGCAUGACCCCUCAGCAGGGUUACUGGACUGUGGAGAGGGUGAGUGGAGAUGAGUUCAUUGCGCUCACUGACCCCAAGACCCCACUACCCCGGAGCCUGAAGCCCCAGAAGCUGGGGGUGUAUCUGGAUUAUGAGGAAGAGCAGCUCUCCUUUUACAAUGUGGAGACCAGAUCUCACAUCUUCACUUUCACAGACAUUGAGAAUCCCAAUGAGAAACUCUAUCCAUUCUUUUGGACAUUGGAAUACAAAGACCUUGUGCUGGAGUCCCCUGACCCUGAUCCUGUCAGCGCUGCAGAUUAAACACACAUUGCUGUCUGAACCAGGAAACUAUUCAAACAGCUCAGACAAUCUCCUCUUCACUUUCACGGACACUUUCUUUGCACUCUUCUGGGCUGAUGAUAAGAAAACCUCUCCUUCCACCCUAUUACCCUGAGCCCCUCCUCUUUAUUUUUAUACACCCCCUUUCCUACUCUCCCUUCCUGUCUGCCUCUCUGUUUCUCCUACACCUCUCUCCAGAUCCGUCUUCUCUCCCUCUC